AUGUCGAGUGUGGCGGAGCAGACGCCUCGGCCAAUAGGAGCCGAGGACCGCGCAUUGCACCUGAUAUCGGCCGCCGCCAACGGGUCUACGGCGCCGGUGCAGCUGAGCGAGCUGUACGAGCUGGCUGACACGCUUCCUCCCCUCAAGCCCGUCGAGCUCCUCGGGGAGUGGUCGUCCGGCGGGCUCGACACCGAACACCCGACGUACUGCUGGCUGAAGUCGAUAAACUGGAUCGGCGUGACGUUCCGCAGCGCGGAUGACGUCAACCCGCUCGUGGUCGCGGUGCAAACAAGAGACGGCUCGGGAACAAGAAGAAAGUGGCUGGAUGAAUGGGGUAACGGAGAGGUCAGUCUAUUCCUCAGCCCAGAUGGCCCUGCGCUUCCUUGUGAUUUGGCGCCGUGA